GAACUUAAGAAGUAUGGAGUAACUACAAUAGUAAGAGUAUGUGAAGCCACUUACGACACUGCUCCAUUAGAAAAAGAAGGCAUUCAGGUUUUGGACUGGCCUUUUGAUGAUGGGGCACCACCAUCUCUUCAGAUUGUUGAUGAUUGGCUAAAUCUUCUGAAAGUUAAAUUUCGUGAAGAGCCUGGCUGUUGCAUUGCUGUACACUGUGUUGCUGGUCUUGGAAGGGCCCCUGUGCUGGUUGCCCUUGCACUUAUUGAAUGUGGAAUGAAGUAUGAGGAUGCGGUGCAGUUCAUAAGACAGAAGCGACGUGGAGCUUUUAACAGCAAGCAGCUUCUCUAUUUGGAGAAAUAUCGUCCCAAAAUGCGCCUCCGUUUUAAAGAUUCAAAUGGUCAUCGUAACAACUGUUGUAUUCAGUAAAAAAACAAAGCUGCCUCGAUUGCUGCUUUGGAAAUAGAAGACUAAAAAACUAGAAUUGGGCAGGUUACAUGGGAAAAAAACUACAUGUAUGUCUAACUAGAUUACAUGAAGCUUCUAUAGGUGUAGGCCACGAUGUUGGCAGGGGAGCAACUUCGUUUAGAUGAUCUGUUUAGAUAACAAAUGUACAUGGCCUUUUAAAAUGUCUUACUGUAUGUAUCAUUAAACUAUCCUUAAUCAUGUAGUCCAGUUUUUUUCCUUGAAGUCCCAAUAGUUAUAUCAGAACAUAUAUAGAGAUUAGGUGCCAAACGCCCAAUACACUAUUUCUGUAUACCACAGUGUAAUAAGCCUAACAACUACAACUAUAUGGACUUUUGCCCUUUUCCUAACUGUCUUCUGAUUUGGUGGAUAGGGCUUCAUAGAGUAAUUGCCUAUUCACUGUUUGUCUCCCAAAGUCACACGAUAAUGAUUAUCAGGAUUUGCACACAAUUUACUGACUCGGUCAGUGUUGGUGUCUAAACUUUUACUACUUAAACCCUCUUCCACAAAACAUUCUCUGGUUAUUAAUGGAAAAGUACUACGUCACGCCGUACAAGAAGCACACAAGUCUUUAACGACUCCAGACAAAAAGCCUUACAGUUAAAUAAAUAUAUACUGGCACUUAAUGUGCGACUUUAGUAGAAGACCUAUAAAAGAAUGGGAGGGGACUGAUUAAUAUUUCUAGCAAAAUGUUGCCUUUUGUCUUGUGCAGAAAGUAUAGAAUAUGCCCUUUACUUUAGUAAAUAUUUUUUUAAUGUAGAAAUGCUUUAUGGUAGCUGAAAAUUCUUAAAUCAUAUUUCUGAAGAUCUUGCAAUUUCUUUUACUGUACUUAUUGGAAGUUGUUUACCAACGAUUGCUUUGUUGAAGGUGAUUUUGUUUUUUUUCUUGAGCUUCUACCAUGAAUUUGGUGGUUCUCUGUAAUAUUUUGUAUGCCUUUUGAGCUGCAUAACUUAAUAUUUGGAUACUUGAUAAUUUGUUAUGUAAUUGAUAAAAUGGUGGUGUGUAUUAAUGUUCAACCAUAUAUUUAUACUGUCUUGGGAAUGUGUGGUUAUAGUACUGUGGGAGAAAUAAUUUGCCAGUGUUCACCAGCUUGUAAAAUUUAGUGCGAGAGCUCAAAUAUCUAAAUAAAGUCAAACCUGCAUUGCAA